AUGGAGGCAAAUUUGGUACAACCAUUGAUUGCAUCAAUAGUUUCAGCUGCAAUAGCCAUCAGAUCGUAUAGAAAGAAGUCCCUUGACCUGUCUGGCGCUUUUGCUGGUUUUUCUGUCAUGGCUAUUCAUAUUGCUGUCAAUUACAGAUUUGGUGCUAUUCUACUUGUCUUCUUUUUCACAUCCUCGAUGUUCACAAAAUUUGGAGAGGACAAAAAGCAAAAAGUCGAUGCAGAUUUCAAAGAGGGUGGCCAACGCAAUUGGAUACAAGUUUUCUUCAAUAGUGGGAUUGCCACACUCUUGGUCUUAAUUGCUUGGAAAUCGGUCGGCACUCGCGACUAUUGUCUGAAUUCGAAGGAAUCGGGUGUCAUGACGUGUUUAAUCGGCGGAAUUAUCGGUCACUAUUGUUGCUGCAAUGGAGACACAUGGUCUUCAGAGCUUGGGGUUCUUAGUGACGAGCAACCACGCUUGAUCACAACCUUAAAGCCCGUUCGGAAGGGUACAAAUGGUGGCGUGACAAAGGCGGGACUUUUAGCGGCUACAGCUGGCGGCAGCGUGAUCGGGCUCACAUUUGUUGUCUUAGGAUUGCUCACUACUAACUGCACUUCUUAUGUAGCUUUGAAACAGCUGUUAGUGAUACCGAUUUCGGCUCUUGCUGGACUGUGUGGAAGUGUCAUUGAUUCUUUACUUGGUGCCACUCUCCAAUACAGCGGUAUAUGUACCGUUCGAAAUAAGGUUGUUGGAAAACCAGGGCCAACCGUGAAGAAAAUAUCGGGUAUUAAUGUGCUCGGUAACAACGCGGUAAAUCUCGUCUCCAUUAUGCUGACAACCGUGCUGACUUCCAUUGCUUGCUUGUACAUUUUCUGA